AUAGCAUCCUAUCAUUUCUACAUUUCCGUGUGAAGUCAUACUCGGCUUUUAUUUUUUCUAGAUAAAGAACAGUCAACAAUCUCUCUAAAGUUCAUAAUAAAAGUUGAUUUUUAAGAAAUCAAAAAGAAAAGUAAAUAAAACCAUAAACACAGAAAGAAUAAGCGCAAAAGUUAACUAUCCCGAAUAGGUUUCUCAAAGCAGUGUCAGUCUAUGUUUUAUAUUCUUUGAUGAUUCUAAAAUCGAUUUUUCACAAGUCAUAAAUAUCCACCAAGAACCAUUUUAUUUAGACAUUUUCCUCGAAAUAAUAUAUUUAGAAAGUCAAAGACAAUUUGAAAUCGAAUUGAAGAGAUACGCAUAUUUCUUUUUAUUUAUCAAAAAGAAAUAAAUUAAAAAAUAUUCGUAGUAGUGAAAACUAUAAGUAAACUGAUAAACUUCUAAGUUUAUUAAAACUAUUAAAAUUUAGAUAUCUGUACAAUUUGUACAUAUUUUUUAAGGAAUCUUGUUAUUGGAACUGACAAAGAAUGGAUAAAAUCAUCGGCCUGUUGAAUAAAGCCUCACCAAAUGCUGAAAGUCAAGUAGACGAUGGAACUCCAUGGUAUUUCAAAUACGGCAGUCGAUUACUUGGGAUAGUUGGAGCAUUUUUCUGCGUUUUGUUUGGGUUGUGGAACUGCUUAAGCAUUUUAUUUGCUAAAGUUUAUUGCCUCGUCUCAGGCAUAAUUCAAGUUUGCGUGGGCUUCAUAGUGAUGGCAAUCGAAGCUCCAUUUUGUUGUAUGUUCAUUGAUCAUGUACAAACAAUGGCUGGAAAAGUUGAACAACGACCUUUAUGGAACCGUGCAGCUUUCUAUUGCAUAAUAUCAAUAGUCCCCGUCGUUUUGUGUCCUGGACUUGGAAGUAUUUUUGGUUGUGGACUUGUAUUUGGAAGCGGUGUAAUCUAUGGCUUAAUGGGAUUAGGCAAAAAAGGUACCCGUGAGGAUAUGGCUGCAGUAGCAUCUCCGACUUCUCAGCCAAUAUCAAACGAUCAACAUAAUAUUUUAAUUGAAGACGACUGGAAAUCUUAAGAAACAUUUCCCGUUAACAACUAUGUAUCUACAUAAACCAAAGACAAAAAUCUCACGUUCUCACAGUUUUCAGUUUUUCUAAAUCUACAAAAAAUAAGACAAACAAGAUUCUUAGACAGGAUCAACGACAACAAAAGGCAAAUACUUUUUCUUAACCUUUUAAAUCGAGGAAAGUGGAGGCUGAAAGCAUAUCAAAUUGGAAUUACUAAUAUUUAUGACAGACCUACUGUUGUUUGACAUUAAAAUAUCUUUUAUGUUCAUAUCACGCCUUCAUGUCAAAUGUCUAACAUCUUAUGUGUGUCUAUAUUAUUUUUAAGUAAAAAUAUUAUUUCUCAUCUUAUCUUUCUCAACGUUUCUUCCAUGAUAAACUAAUAAAUCUUAGAGCUUCUCUUGAAGAAAUGAGACAAUCUGCUAGUGCUCAACAAUCACAAUCCGCCAACAGCAAAUCAACGUCAUCAGGUGUAAAUCUAGUGGCCAAUGCUGCUCCUCUUGCUGUCUCAAACCCACCUUUUAAUAUCGUUUAAAACAUUUCAAGGAAUCACAGUCUUAUUAUUGUUAUUGAUUUAAAAACAGAGAAAACUGAAAAUGAAAUAUCUGUGAACAUCAAAUAAAUUAUUUGAUCUUUUUUUUUGUUUGUUUGGCAUAAUGAGAUACUGGAGAUCAAUUAAUCCAACUGAUAAUAUUCCAUUACCAUAUACAUACUUAUUAGAAAAAGACUUAUUCUUAUCAUAUGAAAUAAAAAAUUAUGUAAAAAAUGUUUCCAGUUAAAAGAAGCUUCAAAAUACAGUAUCGUUUAAAAUAUUAAAACUCAUGAUUUUUAAUACAAACAUAAUUUGUGGAAGCUUUUUCUAUAAAUAUGUUCGAAACAUUAAACGUUAAAGUAGUUAACUAAUAAAGAGUUGAAACACAAUUAGUUUUUUCUUUCUUUCCUUCUUUUGAUGUUUCUUGAUUCUUUCUUUUGCAAUAAUUU